GGUCACUCGGUGUCACAGCAGGAAACUGCCUUUUCCUCAGCAUGCAGCUUUAAGAGUUGCAACGUGGAGUGGCUUUUCACAAUGCAGCCUUCCGGAUUCUACCACCAACAGGACUGGGGCUAUCCCACUCCCAACCCGAGCCCACAGGUUGAGCCUCGAACUGGGCCCAUCCGUAACAGUGGCCCUCUCACUCGACGACAACGCGCUGCGCUCCAACACGAGCCUUCACGACCAGCGACGCCUGGGCAGUCGCCUCAUCAUGACCAGUUUGCCCAUUCCCUGGCUGAUACCACUACGCCUACAUACCAUUCUCCACUUACCCCGACCUCUUCCACGUCGUCAUUCUCACCGUAUAGGGCCAGCUUCUUCGCCGCCCACUCGAGGUCUAAUUCCAUAUCGACAAAUCCACGCUCUGCAUCACCCGCCCUUAGCACAAUCUCGGCGCUAACGUCUAUCUCGUCACAUUCUGUCCCAAAGUCGUUCGGAAGCACAACAGCAGCUCAUUCAGAAUCGGAGCGCCCCAAAAAGCAGCGUCUGUUCAACACUCAGCGACGGGAAAUCUGCGAGUUUCAUCUUUCCCAUCCCAACGCGCGCCAAGAAGAUAUUGCGCGACAAUUUGGCGUCGAACGCAGCACUGUCAGCAAAAUUCUCAAGAAUAAAACAAAGUGGCUCAAUAUUGACGUGAAUGAAACCCUGAAGAUCGCCAAACAUCGGCCAUCCAAAUUCCCCGAGAUCGAAGUGGACAUGGUCAAAUGGCUACUUGAAUGUCGUGACAACAACGUCAUUCUGAGCGACGCCCAAAUCCGCAACAAAGCCAAAGAGAUCGCCCUCAGCCUUGGUGUUGGUGAAGACCGUUUCAAAGCGAGCUCUGGAUGGAUUGAGAACUUCAAGCACCGUCAUGGUGUCAAGGCGGGCAUCUGGCAGGGUGAAGGCAAAAACGUGCGAGCUGCCCGAGCACUUGGCCUCGGACCACCGGCAGAUGCGCCGCCACCCAUACUAUCCCAGUCUGACCUCAUUGCCUUCGAUAACGAUGCCACAAUGGAAGAGCUCGAACAUGUCGGUCUCCUUCCUCCUCCCAGUAGCAGUGCUCGCCCACCACACAUCGAUGAAGCAACUGACCAGCCAGCGUGGCUCUCCAAUCCCGUUGAGCCACCUACCACUCACCCUGUCCGACAGUCCGCGCAAAUCGAAACGGCAUCAGAAACUCCAUCGUGGCUUUCGCAACCUGCCGAUACACAGCCUUUAACGACUCAGCAACCACUAGCCCCAGCCUGGCUUCCCCAGUCAACAGACUCGAUUCCGUCCCCACACCAACACCAACAUCAACCGCCUCCACUUGUCCAACGCACUUUGUCUGACCCUGGGCCGAGCACGGUUCAAUAUAGUCCAACGGUUGAAAUGAACGAUCAGGGACAUGUCUUUGAGGCGUUAUAUGAGCGUGCGCCACAACGGCCGGCAUCGCUCUCUGAAGCAGAGGUUGCGCUCACAACUGUCAUCAACUUUUUCGACACGGCUGGGCAGAAUAUGGUCCAGCCACACGAGCGUGACGUGCUCGCCACGUUGAAAUACACGCUAUUCCAGGCAACAAGUAGCUUGCCCUACGACCGAACGACGAUCGCAUACGAACAGGGCCAACAGGUUGUGCGUUGA